AUUAAUAAUUUUUUUCUAUUUUACAAUGGUUUGGGUGGUCACAUACGUUUUUGUCGACAUCGAACCAACUGGUUUGCCGCCAGAAGAAUUGAAUAGAACGAAAAUAACAGAGAUCAGCUUUAUAGCAGUGAGUAGGGACAAUCUGAUGGACACUCAGCCCGGUAAAUGUCCUAAAAUACUCAACAAACUGAACCUGUGCCUCUAUCCACGCAAAAUGAUAUAUCCCGCCUGCACUAAAAUCACGGGAUUGUCCAACGAGAUUCUAGAACACCAGCCGCCAUUUAAUUUGGAGGUGUAUGAAUUGAUCGAGUCGUUUCUAAAUAUAUUACCGAAGCCAAUUUGCUUGAUUGCACAAAACGGGAUGCAUUUCGAUUUCCCUAUACUGAAAUAUCAGUUACAGAAACUAAAUGUGAGUUUGCCAAAAGAUUUAUUGUGCGCCGAUUGUCUCCAUGCCUUUUAUGACAUUGAGGUCAUUAACCGAGAGUUUGUAAAGAAAUCGAUAGAUCCAGAUGUUGAUUUUCAUAAAAGCGAUCGUAUUGAUAAUAAAACAUUUAAAAAUAUUAAUGAAACUACACCUGAACAAGUUAAAGAUAGAUAUUUAGACCUGUCUAAAGAAGAAAGACUGAGUAAAGCACGAAGACAUAUGCCUUGGGACGGUUAUAACAAACCAGAGCUUUCUUAUAAAUUGGGACGUAUUUAUGAGAGGAUUUUCAAUGAGAAGCCAGUCAACCUUCACAGGGCUGAAAGUGAUUGUAUCGUGGCCCUCAAGAUCGCAGUGGUUAAGUCUAGAAGAUUUGUCCAAUGGGUCGAUGUGAACUAUUGUUAUUUCUCUGAAGUAAAAGCAAUGACUAUAGGAGUGCCUUUAGGCUAUUAAGCUCGCAUAUGUUGUAUCGAUGUAAGCAGAGAUAAAUGAAAAGCUUUUUACUGUAGAUUUAAGCUAAAAGAACAAAGAUCAAGGAAAAGUGAUAGAUAGAACAAAAAUUAACGAGUAAAAUGGUUUCAGAAUGCAUUUAACCAGCAUAUUAUUUUUGGAUGCUUUUACAACGUUUAUACUAUUCGAGUUAUGUAGAAGAAUGAGCACUCGCUUGCUUGGUUUGAAUAUAUCUUUACGUUUAUCUCUAUCAAUCAAUCAAUCAAUCAAUCAUCUUUAUUCAUAUACAUCUGUUACAGAUACUUAUGAUACGUCAAUCUAUAAUUAUAAUAAUUACUAUAGAAAAUAAUAUUGACUUAAGUGAAAAUACAAUAAUUACAUUUACAAUACAAUUCACAUUAAUACAAAAUUCAAAUCCAUGCAGUUUUGUCAUUUAAAUAGUCAUUUAAUUUAUAAUAUGCUUUUGUACAGAGAGUCCUUUUUAUAUACAUAUGUCUUAAAUUUUCUUUCAUUUAAAUGUAAAACGUCAUCUGGAAGUUUAUUAUAAAAACGUAUACAGUUCCCCAUGAAGGAUGUACUGACUUUUCUAAGGCGAUAACAAGGAACAUUCAAUUUGUUUUUAUUUCUUGUAUUGAAAUUAUGUAUGUCACUGUUAUUUUUAAAAAAGAUUUAUAUUUUUACGUACAUACAUAAUGUUUUCGUAUAUAUAUUGCGAGGGAACAGUAAGUAUACCUGUUUGCUUAAAAUAUAAGCUUGUCUUUUUACACUCUAAAUUAAUUAAUGUUUCUUAUAUUAAUAUCAUUAUUAUUAUUAUUUUUACCUGUUAUAAAACGUGUCGCUAACUUAAUACUUAUAUGUUACAUUAUAUUUAGGUGUAUAUUAUACAUUUGUUUCUAUUUAUAUAAUUUAACACUAUGUUCCUUUGUUAGCUUUUUUCUACAUCUAUCUAUCUUCACGCUAAAUCUCUUGCGGGGUAGACGGUACAUAAUUGAAGAUACAUACAUACAUAUCUGUCACGCCUGUCUCCCAUUAGAGUAGGCAGAAACAAUGGAACGUCAAACGCUUCGAUUCAAACAAACCUCUUUCGCUUCUUCCACACUCAUCAAUCUUUUCAUACACGCUCGCCGGUUACGGGUACUUUUAAUUAGACCCUGAUUAAUAAUAUAUUAAUUGGAUAUAAUAAAGGAAAUAUUGUUGCAACCAACAUUCUCCCACCUUGUCUUACCUUAGCCACAGUGACAAGCUCUGUUGUUAUCACCAAUCCGUCUCUUUAUAGAACGUCAUUCAUUCGCAUAACUUCUCUCUUUCUUGCUUCCCGAACACAUGAAUAAGGAUAUGACCCAUUCUCUUGAAUCACUCUAACUAUUAAAAAAACUACAUCAAAAUCUGUUGAGUAGUUUCAUAGAUCUAAGCAUAUAUAGGGCCGUACAGACGGUAAGCGACUUUAUUCCAUACUAUGUACCUAUGAUAUAAAAAUAUAUAAUUUAGCACUAGUCAAAAUUUUGAAUAUUUAUAACUAUGAAAAUUAUUUAAAAAUUAAAAAUAACUAUAAGAAAAUAACUAAAGACUUGAUAAAUAACUUUAGGGAUUAUACUAUAGGAAUUUGUUAUUGUAAAAGGUGGUGACAGUGAAAAAUAUGUAUAAAUGCAAUAUUUAUAACAGAAUAAUAUGUUGUUAUAAUGUAUACAAGUACAGUGUAUGUACUUAAAAGAGUUUAUAUAAAUAUAUUAAAUAUAGAAAUCGAGAACUAAAUGCCAAAGUAAGAGUAUACCAUAAGAAAUAUAUAAAAUUAAGUGCCUAUUGUCAAAAUGGUCACUAGAUAUACUGUGGGUUUUGACAUAUAUAUACAUAUAUAUAUAUACACACAUAUAUUCUUUAUUGCACUACUAUACAGUAACAACAAUAAGUUAAUAACAAUGUUAGCAAACUUAUCUCUAAAAGAGAUCUCUUCCAGUCAACCUAACACAGUGGCAUAGGAAGUAGUGAGUGGGCAGUAGUAGUGCUAAACAGAAGUUAAAAUAAAUAUUUACAUAAAUUAUAAAUCAUAAAUUAUAUAUAUAUAUAUAUUUUGUUGACAUUUGUUUGUAUGUCAUUUGCUUAGCUUUCUGAAGCUAUUACUUAAGGAUAUAAAAAUAUUGUGCUUUCAUAAAUCGUUUGGCCGACAGCACACUUGCAAUGCCGCUGGUGUUAUGGGUGAUCAUGGGCGGCGGUAGUCACUUACCAUCAGGUGAGCCGCAUGCUCGUUUGCCCCCUGUGUUAUUAAAAAAAGAUCCUAUUGUAUGCAUAAUAAACUUGUACCUAUAAUUAAAUAAUAAUAAAAGUCACAAUUUUAUUUAAGCGAUUAAAAAAAAAUAUGUUUUUAUAAUAAUUUCUUAACCUGUACUCGUUACUAACACAUUUAUAAUUUGAUUUUUAUAUAAAAAGAAAUUAAUGGAAUUGAUUUUAAAAAAAGUCGUUUUAUGUAUUUUAAAAAAAUUACUGAAUUUUGGCUGUAAUUUUAUCGUGUCUCAAAAAUGUGGUGCUAGUCAAAAAUAGCUAUCAAUAAUUGUGAUUUAUUACGUAUUUGUUAUUCAAAAUAGAAUAAUUUAUUAACUUAAAUAAAGUAUACUUUAACUCCCUACAACGCUUCAUUCCUCUUUCAAACAUAAUUACAUCCUAACACACACUUUUGAUUGAAAUAAAAAAAAAAACUAUUUUCAAGAAAUAAUGUACAUGGCAAAACGUUUGCGGGGUCAGCUAGUAUAUUAUAUAAUAUAAAAUUAAUAAUAAUAUAUACCUAUACUAUGUAUUAGGUAUUAUUGCAAAAAAAAAAUAAAGAAAUCAAAAUUUUAAUAAGUUAAUUAUAAACACAGAUUAUAUUUUUUAGUAAUAACUCUACCAAUAUUUACCAUAUAUGCCACCCACGGUUCGAUUUUAUACCCAUAUUUUUAUAUUUCAAUGUUUCAUAAUGGUAUUUAUAUUAAACUGGUAAUAAAUUAACUAUGUUCCCACAUAAUAUAGUUUAUAUAUAUAUAAUUGUAUUUUUUUUUUAAUAAAGUAUUAAUUCUCAAAUAGACUUUUCUUCAAGUGUGAGUCCUCAGAAAUGGAAACACAUGAGGGGUAUUAUGGGUGAAACAGUAUACUCUGUUAUGUCCAUGGUACUGCUCAUGUCUAUAGGCGACGGUUACCACUUUCCAUCAUCAGAUAGGCUGUCAGCAUGAUUGCCAUUCUAAGUUGCAUAAAAAAAAACUAAAAAGUAAUCUCCAUGAAAAAUUCCUAGGUACCUACCUAAUCUUUUAAUUAAAAAUACAGGAAUUACCUUUGGCAGUUGUAGUUUUUUUUUUAAUUAAUGAUAAUGGAAUGGUAACGCCGCCUGCGCUGUCGGUAUACGCUGGCGGGGCACCAGUAAGGGAUGGAUGAUAGGUGAGGAUGAAAGCAGGUCCGUUGGCCCAUCAUGACAAAUUCCACUAGAAUUAAUCACGAUAGUUUCCAGGGGGAACCGCGUGGAGGUCGACCUGAUUAUUUAUUGAUUUAUCUAUAGUAAAAAGUUUACAAAUAUAUCAAUGGAUAAAGGUUUUGUAAACUUUUUACUUUAUCUAUGCCUUCCU